CUCUCCCUCCCACAUCCUCCUUUCGUCAGCCCUCUUGAAACAUUUCGCUUGCUAAAUAACCUUCGAUACGUCCUCUCGCCUGCAUCGCCGAGUACAGCCUUCUCGACCCAACGAAGCCGCCAAAGCCGCACCCGACGAAAAUCUCACCCCACUAACCUCGGAUCGCAUCACAGAUCGAACACGAAGGACCGCGACCACGACCACGAAAACCCGCAAUCAUGGCUCCACCAAGUGCUUGGGACGACGAGGACUCUGACAGCUCCGCGUCAUCCUCCGCUCCCGCCGUCGUAGUGCGUCGCGGCAAAUUCGACGACGAAGAAGACGGCGGCGAGGUGCUCGAUUCAUGGGACGCAGCAGAGGACAGCGAGGUCGAGCGCGAGAAGGCGAAGAAAGCCGCGGAGGCUAAAGCCAAAGCUGACGCGCUCGCGAAAGCCAACGCGAAGUCCAAGUCGCAGAGGAUAGAAGAGAAGCGAGAAGAGCGGCUGCGACAAAAGGCUUUGGAGGACUUGGACGGAGACAGCGAUGAGGAUGAGGCCACGAAGCGUGCUCGUGCACGAGACGCCGAGUUGCAAGGAGACCUCCAGCACGCUGAGGAUCUCUUCGGUGGUGUUGGUGGUGUGCCUGCGAGCCGUGGUGCCAAACCCAUCACCGUGCAGGACAGCGACGAUCCUGCGAAUGCGAUCGAUCUCUCCGGCCUGUCUUUGUUCAACCCUACCACCGCACAGGGUUUCCUCAAGCUGCGAGAGACGCUGAGCCCGCUUCUCAACAAUAACGCGAAAAAGCCGCAAUACGAGAUGUUCAUGAAGGAGUUCUCUAAGCAAAUUGUGAAGGAGAUGAACAGCGAGCAGAUCAAGAAAAUUGCCAGUGGUCUGACGGCUCUGAGCAACGAGAAGCUCAAGGAGGAGAAGGCUGCUGAGAAGGGCGGGAAGAAGACCAAGGCCGCGAAGACCAAGACCAGCUUGAAUGCGAACCGUAACAUUUCCGCAUCGGCCGAUACCGGUGCUUACGACGAUGGUCUCGAUGAGGAUGACUUCAUGUGAACGACUAUCGCAACAUCGUCCGAGAGUGAACCCCUUCCCAGCAACUCGAUCUUCCUCGCGAUUACGACUCCUGCUCCCACCGCCGCUUCUAGCACUGCAUUUACCGGUCCAAGCGAAUCGCACGAAACCUUGGACAACCACAAGCCAGCGUGCCGAGCUUGGUUCAAGGUGCCAGCGUAGCAUAGCAGCAUACAUGAGGACGGCGCAUUUAUUGCUUUCCCCGACGUAGUGUCCGGCAUUGCGGUUUUGUUUCUGGCAGUCUUCGGACUCGUUUCAAUAACUUGUUCUUUUCACGAUGGGUGGCCUUCACUGGGAUGAGUUGAUAGAAUGUUGUAAUGGCAUAUUCGCAUACCC